AUGAACACUGUCAAGAAGGUUCUUUCGCGCAAGUCGCAUUCGGGCGACGAGUCGUCCGAUGACGGCCGCCACUCUACCUCGACCGCCCCCACCUCGAACCCUGGCUCGCCCGUCUCGCGCCAGAAGGAGAUCGGCUCCCUGGGUGCCGCUGGUGCCGCUACUGCUGGUCAGCGUAGCAGCCAUGCCGCCGAUGUGGAUGCCACGACUGGUAACAACGGCCUUGGCCUCAACGGUACCUCGGCCACCACCGGCACCGCUGGCUCGCGCACCACCGGCCAGAAGAUCGCCGACAAGGUCGAGCACGGCGUCGGUCGAUCGGGCGACGUCCACGCUACCGAUGGCUCCAUCCGCCACAAGCACGGCCACGACGUGACCAACUCGAAGCACCUCGACCUGAGCAGCGGCAAGGUGGAGCAGGACGUGCAGCACCUUGCUGCCGUCACCCACCAGACGCACCAGCGCCACGAGGUGGAGGAGGUGACCCGCCAGCGCGAGCACGAGCGCCACGUGCACCACGUCCAGCACCACGUCCAGCCCGUGCUCGACUCGGAGCACGCCGCCGAGAAGGUGCACUCCAAGAUCCACCCCGUGACGCGUGUGCACGAGACGCACGCCUCGACCGACAAGGACGCCGCUCUGCUCACCUCGGUUGCCGGCAAGCACGCCGACAAGUUCACCGAGGCUCCCCUCCACCGUCAGGUCGUUGACAAGGGUGAGCUGGUCAACGAGCAGAUCCACCACCACAUUCACAACGUGGUUCAGCCCGUGAUUGAGAAGGACUCGCACGAGUACCACCGCAUCCAGACGGUGAUCCCCACCCACGUCGUCACGCACGAGGCUCCCAUCGUUCACGAGUCGACGCACCACAAGGCUGUCUCGAAGGACGAGUUCCUGUCCGGUGGCGGUAGCCUCACCAACAGCAUUCGCUCGGUUCACGAGGCCAACCUGCUCAACACUGGCAAGUGCGACCGCAAGGUGGACGGUAUCGCCGAGAAGCUGCAGCGCGACCUCGGUCUGACCGGCGGCUACCACGGCUCGUCGGUCAACCAGACCUCGACCACGGGUACCAAGAACGCCGCCACCACCACUGCCAUCUAA